GAUUAGUUUACGAUCAUGGGAAUACGAUCGACGUGCUAUAGUUUUUAUAAACAACAAAUUAAUCAAAAUACGUCUCUCAUCGUUCUCUGAACAUGGUACAGUAUAAAGAGAAGUGGCGAGUACAAAAUCGAAUUAUGAAAAUCGAAAGAUCGAUUAUUAUAAGACGAAACGUCGAUCGUAUUUAAUGGCGGUAUAAGUCGAACGAGAAAGAGAGAGUGUGAGAAAGAGAGAGAGAGAGUGUGUGAGAGAGUGAGAGUGAAAGAGAAAGAGAGUGAGAGAGAGACGUGUAAUAUUUUUGUCGUGAAGAAGAGAACAUGUCCGCUGUCGGGGUUAGCGUCUAUGCCGAUCUUUUGUUUACGACGUCUCUGAAGCUCCUAAUUGUGUCACGAUAAAAUCGUUUUUGUUGUUCCAUUUCUUUUUGACAAUGCACUGCCACCGCAUAAACGUUCUCGGAUUUCUCGCAUGAAUGAUGACGGAGCCGGAACUUUGCCGGCUCUGUGCCGAGACCAAAGAGAACUUCAUCGGUAUUUAUGACGCCGAAGGACAGAAAUUAGCAAUAGAAGCUAAGAUCGCUAAAUGUUUACAAAUUCAGGUAUUAAUAACAGACGGUUUGCCGUUGUCAGUUUGUAUAGACUGUUGCGUUUUAUUAAAUCAAUGCAGUGAAUUUUUUGAGAAGACCAAUCAAGCUCAAGCAUCUUUGAGACAAUUACUAAUAGAGCCCAAGUCUGAACCGUCAACAUUAGAACCAAAUAUAGAUUUUAUUAAGGAAACAGUUGAAUUUCCAAAAGAGGAAGAGAUUCAAAUCGAUGAAUGUCAAUUAUCAGAUAACUACAUUCAUAAUUCUGCUGUAAAUAUUACUAAUACAUAUUUUAGUAAUGAAAAUGAAAAUGAUUGUAAUCAACAAAAAUAUGAGACGGUAAAGGAAGAGAAAUGUAAAAUCCAAGUGAAAAAAGGUUCUCUUAAGCAGGCCAAGAAAAAGGUUAAAAAGAAAAGUCAAAUGCAAAGGAUGGAUGAUUUGGAAUUAUGUUUAACUUCUGAUUUAAAGAAAGAACACAAUGAUAUUAGUAUAAAAUCUAACAUAAAAGUACCAGAUAAUUAUAUGACAGGAACAGAUUCAGAUUUGGAAAUGAUAGAAACUCGUGCAGCAGAACCACCAAAACCUGGACGUAAAAGAGGAGAAGGAUUAGAUAGAUAUCCUUGGUUAUGUACUGAUUGUAAUGAUAAAUUACCAAGUUUAGAAGCAUUGGAAGAACAUCAUGAAACUGUACAUAAUCAACAAGCAAAAUAUAUGUGUGUGCAAUGUUGCAAAGUCUAUGACAAAUAUUAUGGUUUCCUUACUCAUGUCAAAAGGCAUAAAACUAAAGCAAAAUAUAAUUGUGAGGAUUGUGGAAAAUCAUUUGUACAUAAAAGAGUAUUAGAUUCGCAUAAGGCAGUACAUAGUGAAGAACGUCCAUAUGUUUGUCAAACAUGUGGUAAAGCAUUUAGACAACAAAGCGCUUUAUACAUUCAUAGUAGAUGUCAUUUACCGGAUACAAUGAAAAAUCGUUUUCCUUGCGAUCAAUGUGAUAAAAGAUUUUCUACUAAGCCUAAUUUGGUUACCCACAAACGUAUUCAUUCUGGUGUUAGGAAUUUUACUUGCGAUCAAUGUGGAAAAAGUUUCAUACAAAAAGGAAAUUUAGAAGCUCACUUUUUAACUCAUUCUGCAGACAAGCCAUAUAGUUGUUCUCAAUGUCCAAAAGCAUUUAAAACACCGUUACAAUUGAAGAAACAUGAAACAGUUCAUACUGGUGCUAAACCACAUCAAUGUGCUGUUUGUGGUAGAACAUUUAGAGAAAAGGGUACUUUAAGAGAACAUCAUAGGAUACAUACAGGUGCAAUGCCUUUUACUUGUGAAUUUUGUGGAAAAUGUUUUCGUUUUAAAGGAAUUUUAACGACACAUAGACGACAACAUACUGGUGAACGACCAUAUAGUUGUUUAGAAUGUCAACAUCAUUUUACAAAUUGGCCAAAUUAUAAUAAACAUAUGAAACGUAGACAUGGAAUUAAUACGUCUCAUACGAAACAUUUGUCACAAUCACAACAAUCACAACAACAACAAUCACAACAGCAAGAACAACAACAACAGCAGCAACAACAUUCGAUUCAAGCUAAUACCGCAGAAGAUCCACUUUCCAUAUCACAAACAGAAUCUACAACAGUACAGGUAAUACAAGCUGUACCACAUGUAACAGCACCUCAACCAAUAGUCGUACAAGCUAUACCAACAACAGCAAUACAAACCUUCCAAGCAGAUGUAUCCGGGACGGUGCAAGAUACUGUAUUUCGAGAAAGAAAUGCAACAACAUAUUUCAAUGCUAUGCCAGCAGCAUUACAAAACUUUUUACCCCCUAAUUUGCCAUACAACUUUUAUAAUAUUUCAAACGUUACAGAAAAUGAUUUAAUACAACAUAGAUAAAGUUAAUUAUUAAUUAAAAAAAAAAAAAAAA